UUCACGUCAAGAAACAGAAUCAUAACCAUUUUUGGGCAAACAUUAAUGAACUCCAUAGAGAUUUCUUAAAUCCCUCUAAUACAGUCUAUAUAUAAAAAGUAUAUCUUCUCAUAACACCAUACAACCAUUCAAAUUUCCAAAGAAAAAAAAAUACAAAAUUUUCUCCAUGGAAAAUAAUCAUAAAGAUUUAGCAUACAUUGAAAAAGGAGAAAUAUGGGAGAAAUUUGAUGGUGAAGUAGAGGAACAGUCCCCUGUUGAAGAAGUUCGUUUAACAGUACCAACAAAUGAUGAUCCUAGUGUCCCAGUAUGGACAUUUCGAAUGUGGUUUUUAGGGAUUAUUUCUUGUGCACUUUUAUCAUUUAUCAACAUUUUCUUCAGUUACAGGCAGAAUCCACUUAUUAUCACCAUGAUAACUGCACAAGUCGCGUCGUUACCAUUAGGUAGACUCAUGGCAAAGGUACUUCCAUCGAGGAAGUUCCGUUUGCCAGGAUUUGGAUUAAGCGAAUUUUCGCUUAAUCCAGGUCCUUUUAGCGUGAAAGAACAUGUAUUGAUUUCAAUUUUUGCUAAUGCUGGUGCUGGAUUUGGUGGUGGAACUGCUUAUGCUAUUGGUAUUGUGGAUAUUAUUAAGGUCUUUUAUCACAGGAAAAUCUCCUUCUUGGCUGGUUGGAUCCUUGUCAUCACUACUCAGGUUCUCGGAUAUGGUUGGGCUGGUAUCAUGAGGAAGUAUGUGGUAGAGCCUGCCGAAAUGUGGUGGCCAUCUACCCUUGUUCAAGUCUCUAUUUUCAGGGCAUUACAUGAGAAAGACAACAGUGGCAAUUACUCUAGAGGAAAGUUCUUUUUAAUAGCAAUGAUUUGUAGUUUCACUUGGUACAUCAUUCCUGGAUACCUCUUCAAAACUUUGUCAACAAUCUCUGUGCUCUGUUUGGCAUUUCCCAAAUCAGUUUUAGCCCAACAACUCGGGUCAGGCCAAUAUGGGCUUGGCAUUUUAUCUUUCACUUUUGAUUGGUCAGUCAUUGUGUACUUAACCAGUCCACUCGUCACUCCAUUUUUUGCCAUUCUCAACAUUUGGGCUGGCUAUGUUAUAAUAGUCUACAUGAUGAUUCCUGUAGCCUACUGGGGUUUUAACCUCUACAAUGCCAAAAAUUUCCCGCUUUUUUCGACUGAUUUAUUCGAUGCCCAUGGGCAGAUAUACAAUGUAUCAGCCAUUGUCAAUAACAAGUUUGAGUUAGACAGUGUUGCAUAUGAGAAGCAAGGACGAAUAAAUCUCAGCAUCAUGUUUGCUCUUUCAUAUGGGCUCAGUUUUGCAACAAUCGUCGCUACCCUUACACAUGUCAUCUUGUUCAAUGGGAAGGAAAUAUAUAGCCGAUUUCGUGCUUCAUACAAAGGGAAAAUAGAUAUUCAUACAAGGCUUAUGAGGAAGUAUGAUGAUAUUCCUUCAUGGUGGUUCCACACGAUCCUUGCUCUUUCAUUUGCUCUGUCCCUCCUACUCUGCACUGUCUUGAAAUCAGAGGUUCAGCUACCAUGGUGGGCACUCAUUUUCGCUUGCGCGAUUGCCCUUAUUUUCACUCUACCAAUAAGUAUCAUUCAAGCCACAACAAACAAUGCACCAGGACUAAAUGUCAUCACAGAGUAUAUUAUGGGACUAAUAUACCCAGGGAAACCAAUAGCCAAUGUUUGCUUCAAAACAUAUGGUUAUAUUAGCAUGUCUCAGGCUGUUUCUUUUCUCCAAGAUUUUAAGCUUGGUCAUUAUAUGAAGAUUCCUCCGAGAUCAAUGUUUAUGGUUCAGCUAGUUGGAACCUUCAUUGCUUCAACAAUCAACAUGGCAACGGCGUGGAAUAUGCUAACACAAGUCCCGUACAUAUGUCAAUUGGAUUCACUCCCUAAAGGCAGUCCAUGGACUUGUAGAGGUGACCAUGUUUUCUAUGAUGCAUCAGUUAUCUGGGGUUUAGUAGGACCAAAGCGAUUUUUCGGCCCUCUAGGAAACUAUGGUGCAUUAAAUUGGUUCUUCUUUGGAGGCGCAAUAGCUCCAACAUUAGUGUGGCUACUGCACAAAUCAUUCCCAAAACAUAGUUGGAUCAAACUUAUAAAUAUCCCUGUAUUACUUGGAGCAACAGCGGCAAUGCCACCAGCUAACACUUUGAAUUUCAAUAGUUGGAUUGUGGUUGGAUUUGUGUUCAAUUUCUUCAUUUUUCGAUACAGAAAGAAGUGGUGGCAGAGAUACAAUUAUGUUCUUUCUGCAGCAUUGGAUGCUGGAUUGGCUUUUAUGGGAGUUUUCAUAUAUCUGUUUUUUGGACUUACAAAUCAUGAUAACAUCAGUUGGUGGGGAAAUGUUGGAGAAUACUGUGAUUUGGCUAAUUGUCCAACUGCCAAAGGAAUUCAAGUUGAUGGUUGUCCAUUGCUUUGAUCAUUAAUCUCUACUUAUAGUAUUGUUAAAGUUAAAUUUCGGCUAAUGUUUUUAGAAGUAUUAUUUGGUCUUUGGCCAUGUAUAUAUGAUGUGACAACAAUGGGUUUGAUAUUUCAACUAUUGUGUGUAUUUUUAAUUUUAAUUAUGCUGUUAUAUAUAUAUUUUGUCUUCUGAAAACAUAUUACUCCUAUUUGGGUACGAGAAGACAAUCACAUUGGAACAAACAACCUAAAUUAAGUGAUUCAUUUCUCCCAAUUUUCAUAAAGAAAUCAGACAAUCAGUCCAGAAAUCAAAGUGUAGUAGCACUUUACUUCCCAGUCUGCAAAACUUCAAAUUGAUACACCAUACAAGAAUGACAAGUUAUAUACAAGUUCAUACGGGAGAAUUCAACAAUUAAGAUAAGUGGCUUCGCCUUUCUUUAUCGAUUUCACAGGGCAAUUUCCCUACAUUUUGUAAACCAAAAUAGGUAAAAGAAAAAAAAAAGAAAAAAAACAAGAAACUAAAAAGU